GCGUUCACGGUUUAUAUUUUUGGAAAUAAACUGACCUAUAAUUAGUAUUAAACCAUACCAAUUUGACAUUAAAAAGUUUUGGUUUUCAAUUAUUGUAAAUAUUUAACCUUUCAUCCUCUGCUGUGCCUUGUGAAUCGAAAUUUUAGGUAAUCUACCGUAUGGAAGUACAAUUGAAAGAACAGCUAUUAAGUUUUCUAGCAUUUGAUGUAACGGGACUGAUGAUUGGUCACCUGUGGUUGUUUGCGAGCUUGUUGCAGAAGACUACGACUUUUAAUGAUAGAGUUCAUCCUGUAUUUUUAAGUCUGCAUUUGUUGAAUUUAAGCAAGAAUAAGUCACUGCAGCUGGCAAAUCUGUAAAUACAACUGAACUUUUACGUUUGAGGACAUUUUUUCUCUUUGACCUAGAUAUCGUAAUGCCAAUCAACGGUAGUGAUGCAACGAUACUUAGCAAACAACAUCCGGGGUUUUUUGUAAAGGAAUACGGCCAUAUUGUCGGAAGACGAUUGAUUGUUAUGAUAUGCAGGGCACUGUACCUGGAAGGCCUCUCUUGAAUCAUUGACUUUCAUGUUGUGUUCAAUGUGCAUUUAAACGCACUUCGAUAUGCAUUCUGUGACAUUUCUGAAUUACCCUUGAUUUAUAUGUGCUGGACUUCAACAUAAGGAAAUCCGGCAUAGAUCUCUGUAAUUAUCUUUUAUCAAGGAAAAUGUGGGUCAAAAUGGAUGUAAUACUUCAAUGGGUGAUCAGUUUAACUUUUGUUGUCUUGAUCAUCCUUCCUAAACACGCUGAUGGAAAAGUCCAUAAAGGGACAAGUCAAUGUGAAUUCUACGACCAUAUGGACUGCUACAAUGAAGGCAAGUGCACGCCGACAGUGGAAGUGUGUCAGAACAUGAUGACCUCCAACAAGGUGUCGCUGGACGAGCCGGAUAACCACAUGCUGUGCUAUGCCACCUGGAAGUACUCCAACAACACGCUGCAACUGGUUAAGAAGGGCUGUUGGAUGAAUGAUGACAUAUGCUACGGUAACAAACAGUGUGUGGAGAACCGUAUUGGCUUGGCCCUCAACUACUGCUGCUGUGAUGGAGAGAUGUGUAACCACGAAGUGUUCUUCCGGCCCUCGGUGGACACGCUGGCCGCCGACAACAGCCAGUCGACCAAAGAGGAUGAGCGUGGCGGGGACGUGGUGCGGCGGGCCGGGGAGCAGCAGCUAACCAACACUCUGCUCUACUCGAUCGUGCCCAUUGCAGGUGUGGGUCUGUUGGUGGUCACCCUGUUCUUCAUGUGGAGACGCCACCAGCGCCACCUAGGCCACACCCAGCUGCCCACGGUGGACCCAAGCCUCGCCCCGACACCCUCCCAGUCGUCACUGAACCUACAGCUGCUGGAGCUCUAUGCCAGGGGGCGUUACGGCUCCAUAUGGAAGGCCCAGAUGCCAGACCAGUUUGUGGCUGUGAAGAUCUUUCCUCUGCAAGACAAGCACUCAUGGAGGGCGGAGCUGGACAUUUACAACCUGCCUCACAUGAAACAUGAGAACAUUCUCACCUUUAUCGCCUCAGAAAAGAAGGACGAUAGUUUGUGCACAGAGCUCUGGCUUAUAACAGAGUUCCAAGACAAAGGCUCUCUGUGCGACUACCUCAAAGGCAAUAUCAUCUCCUGGGCUCAGCUGUGUCGUAUUGGGGAGACCAUGACCUGUGGCCUGGCCUACCUCCACGACGAGAUCCCAGCCACCUACAACUCGCCCGCCAAACCGGCCGUGGCCCAUCGUGACUUCAAGAGUAAAAAUGUUCUCCUGAAGCCCGACCUGUCGGCCUGUAUUGCAGACUUUGGGCUGGCCCUCAUGUUUGAGCCAGGCAAGGCUUUCAGCGAGACACACACUCAGGUGGGCACCAGACGGUACAUGGCGCCUGAGGUUCUGGAGGGUGCGAUCUGCUUCAACAGGGAUUCCUUCCUACGCAUCGACAUGUAUGCCUGUGGCCUCAUUAUAUGGGAGCUGAUGUCACGAUGUGCUGCCGCAGAUGGUCCGGUGGAUGAUUACCACCUGCCGUUUGAGGCAGAGGUUGGCCUGCAGCCAUCGUUGGAGGAGAUGCAGACUCUAGUGGUAGCCCAGAAGAUCCGGCCAGCCUUUAACUGUACCUGGUACAAACACAUGGGCCUGAGUAACCUGAUCUCGACAGUGGAGGAAUGCUGGGACCAGGACGCCGAGGCGCGUCUUUCCGCUGGAUGUGUGCAGGAACGCAUCAGUCAGCUGGCUCGCACCAUCAACUCCGGGGGGCAUGUCAGUGGUGGGGGAGGAGGAGGAAUGCUGCAACUGCAGCAACAACAACAGCUACCAGAGCUAACGAACAGCAGCAGCAGCAACCCUGCGAUGAUGUCAACUGUAGUCCCGCCUCCCCCCAUGCCGCAUCCGGGGUCUGUGGCUCACCUGCAGUCUAUGCCACAGCACCCACCACCACCACCACCGCCCGCUGCCCUCAUUCAUAUGGGAGGAGGAGGCGGCGGGCCUCCCCCCACCAGAGCAGCCCCUCCUCCCCCACCAGUGGCCCUGCCCACAACGCAGCCCGCCCCUGCAGUCAACAACAGCAACAACACAGCUUCCUCCUUUGUGCCUAGCCCAGCAGUCAUAGACACUGUCACGCUGCCCGAUGCCUACAGCGGCGUGCCCAAGGACAUGAGCUCCUGUUGAGCCUUGCGCUUAACUUUUUGCAGUCUUCGUCUUUGGUCUGGAGGUUUUUUAAAACUGCCCCUCCUUUCCCCCUCCUACCUCUUUCUCCCUCUUUGCAUCCUCACCCUCCCACCUCAUCCCGAGUGUUGGGUGGAUGGGAUGGCCACACUACCUCGGAGGGAGCGGGGAUCCGAGGGAGCUGCUGGGAUGAAACACUUUUCCUUCGGCAACUCCCCAUCACCACUAUUAUCAUCAUUAUUGCCACAUCUUCUGGCAAGUGACGAAGUGGCGUCAAAAGAGAACGUUUGCAAAUGGAGGAAACUGGCUACUGGCAGAGAGACACCAAGGGAGAAAAUUGGCUAAUGUCAGGGACUGAUGCCAAGGGAAAAAAUUGGCUAACAACAGAGUGACGUCUGUUGGAGAACUGACAAUGAUGUCAUGGGUGACCACCGCAAGAGCUUCACUUGUGCAACUACUACUGCUAUGAAGCUGAGAGGAUUCCUUGGUUAGUGGGAUCUAUUUCUGUAUGUGGGAGGAGUCCACUGAAGGUAGGAAGAGUCUAGUGAAGGUGGGGAUUGCUAUUGGCUGUAGGAAUAUGGUGAUAUUGCUGGCGCUACUACUACAAUGACAAUUCCCAGUCACAGUUAUUUGUACAUCUACCCACUCACUCACACACACUCACUGACAUACCUGGUUAUUUCUUUUGGAGGAAUUUGGAGAGGGUGAGCCAAGCAGCUUUCAUGCUGUGUUUGUUGUGAGAGAUGUGUGUUAUUUCUUAUGUGUGUAACAAGCGUGUAAUUCAUAUACUCUUGUUGACAGAGACGUGAUACGACUUGUGUAUAGCAAGCGUGUAAUUCAUAUAUAUAUAAAUAGACUCUUUUUGAGAGAGGAGAAAGUUACUUUGUAUGUGUACAGACGUGUGCACUCCUGUACGGUUGUUGUUAAAUAGGAGAAGCACCCCUCGUAUCCACAUAACGUGUACUCAUAUACUCUUGUUUGCAACUUCGGAGAGAUAGAGGACAGGAGCGUCCAUCGUCGUCAUUGUGUUAUUUCGUUGGAGGGGACAACUGCAGAUGUAUGUAUAUAUAAUGAAACUUUUCUCCCCACCCCCACCCCCAACUCGUUCAUCAUGUGUGCUGUGUGGACUUGUCUCCAACAAAAAAUGAAGGAGGGUCUGCUUCAGUUCAGUUUGGCAGUCGACCCUCCCGGAGGUAGCACGACGGAUUUGUUGUUGGCAACGUUGUUACAUUAUGCUACAAUCAAGACUUCACUUCUUCCAGUUCACCACUACGUGUCUAAGUUCCCUCUUUGCCCAAAUCUUGACAGAACAAAACUCUCAACAAAAAACAAAACGAAAACAAAAACAAAAACAAAUAUAAAAAGGUGGGCGGGGGGGAAAACAUGGGGGAGAGGGUGAAGCCCUACCCCUCUUUGAUUCCCCCGCCUCUCUGAAAUUGAGCUCAGGGUCCUAUUCAAAAGCUCUUUGUGUGUGGGUUUGUUGGGGUUUUUUUUCUCUUGAGGUGAUUAGUUGGUGCACAUUCUUUGGCUGUAUAGCAUAAUAAUGUUGAUCUGCUGGCUGCGAUUUGGGUGUGCACUUGCUUCGUUCACUGGCUGCUCCCUGUUGUGGGAAUGUUCACUGACAUUGCUCUGUUGAAUGUGUGGCUAUGUUUAUUUGUAAUUGAGACGGGGUGAGAGAAAGGAGAAUAGGGAGGGAGGGAAGGAAAAUGCAGUCUGCGUUGGGCGGGGUGAGAAAAGGGAUAAGAAGUCACACAGUUGGACAGGAAGGGGAUGUGAAAGGAAAGGUUCUUUUAAGUUUGUUUUAUCUGAGUAAUAAGCAUAUGUUAUAUGAACGCAAUUCCAACUGCCAUGCAGUGCAUAGAAAGAGUUGGACCGAAACAACAGAAAGAAAAGAAGUAGGUCCUACCAGUAGCACCCUCCAACAUCCAACUGACGGAAGCCACACGGAGAAAUAACUGAGGGGAAGAAGAGAAGCAAGACCUACCAGUAGCAUUCUUCUGACCACCUACUCAAACAAAAACAACGAGAGAGAAAACUGAUGUAAGACCAACCAUUAGCGCCCUCUACAACUGCCCAUUUCAACUCGGAGAAAAAGGAAAGGUUGGGCAAGAUAAAAAUUAGUUUCAUAAUGGUUCAUGUACAUAAUAAUAUAAUAACAUACGAUGGGAUGUAUGUAUGCAGGCAGAGUGGGAUAUAUGUAGAGCAGGCAGAAGGAUUUACAUAUUAUAUAUACAGGUGGAAUAUGUAUACAGGCAGUGGGAUAUAUGCAGAUAUAUAAUAUCAAGGCAGUAGCAGUUUUGUGAUGGGAGAAGGGUAGAAGCGACAUGUUGUAGUUGUAAGGCCUCUGACCUGACAAAGUUUUCAGAGGAAUCGGGGAAGGGUGUGUUGGAAUGUUUCAGUGUGAUGGUGUGUAGAGAGGGACGUGGCCGGUGGAAUAGAGAGGUCAUUAUGGAGGGAUGAUGCAGUCAGUUAUUGGAGAUGUACUCUCUGCAGAGGGGGGGGGGAGGGGGGGGGGUUGAACUAUGAUGAUGUGGAGAGAGGAGAAGUGACUGGUGUGCUCUGCUGAACUCCUUACCGACUGACUGACUGAUUUUUUUGCACUGCUCAAAUGUCUUUGUUUUCUGAUUAUUACUAUUACAGACCCAUAUUUUCUUUGUGGAAGUUUGCUGGAAGUUAAACCGUGGUGUUGACUGCUUCUCUCUCUCUCUAGACAAAAAAAUGUGUAUCCUAUUAUUAAUUAGCAGUUGAUAUUUGGAUGGCAGGGGGGGGGGGGCUGUAAUAAGAGGAGAGGGAAGAAACUUUUCUUUGAGUCGUGUGAGCUUCCUCAAGUUUGGCAGCUGACUUAAUUCAACAACCUCGCUGCCACUACCGUUAUCCCGUUUUCGCCAUCAUCGUCAUCGUUGCAGUCAGUUCCCGCCUGAGGUUGUUUGAUGGUUAGAGUCGAUCCUGAUUGACUGCUACUUUUUGUUAUCUCAGGAUUUUAUUGAUGUGUCCAAACUUGUGCGUUUUCUCUUUCGUGGUGAACUCUGUGAACUGUGAACUUUAAACAGGUCAAGAUGAUGUCAGUGGAGGUGAGGAGAGAAAUAGACGUUGUUGUUGUUGUAGGUAGUGAUGCUGCUUUCAAACUUGCACUGUUUACGUACACGCUUUUGCUCUGUCACCAGUUAUGACAAUAUGUAUGGGGGCAUGGUGACGAGAUCGGGCGCCCAUCGAAAUAACGAAA